AUGCCCUCAUAUGCUAAAUUCCUUAGAGAGAUUCUAUCUAACAAGAAAAGGCUUGAAUAUGACAAAACCAUUAUGCUUACUGCUGAGUGUAGUGCUAUUAUUCAAAACAACAUGCCUUAUAAACUGAAAGACCCUGGUAUGCUAGAGAACGUUCAUGUUCGUAUAGGACAAUUAUAUAUUCCAAUCGAUUUUGUAAUAAUGGAUAUAAAGGAGGAUUCCCACAUCCCUAAUAUUUUUGGAAGAUCGUUUUUAGCCACAAUCGGAGCCAUCAUAGAUGUCAAAAAGGCUAGGCUAACAUUCAAAGUCGGAGAAGAAAAAUUUGAAUUUCUCUUAGCUAAAUUCCUACAAGCACCAGCUAUAAAUGACUCAUGUUGUUUCUUAGAUGUCAUAGACGAAUGUGUGAAAGAAAUGGAGAAGGAGCCAUUUAAGUAUAUUGAAGUAUUGAAGAUUCCAACACCUCCUAUAUUCGAAGACGAUAAUUAG